GAGAGAGAGAGAGAGAGAGAGAGAGAGAAGACCGAGAGAGACAGAGCAAAUGGUCGACAGCAGUGGCGGCGCGUCGCUGCCAUCGGUGGGGCAAGACGCGCGGAAGAGGCGCGUGAGCUACUUCUACGAGCCGACGAUCGGCGACUACUAUUACGGGCAGGGCCACCCGAUGAAGCCCCACAGGAUCCGGAUGGCUCACAACCUCAUCGUCCACUACUACCUCCACCGCCGUAUGGAGAUCAGCCGCCCCUUCCCCGCCGCGACCACCGACAUCCGACGCUUCCACUCCGACGACUACGUCCACUUCCUCUCCUCCGUCACCCCCGAGACCGUAUCCGACCCCGCCUUCUCCCGCCUCCUCAAGCGUUUCAAUGUCGGCGAGGACUGCCCAGUCUUCGACGGCCUCUUCGGCUUUUGCCAGGCCUCCGCCGGCGGCUCCAUGGGCGCCGCCGUCAAGCUCAACCGCGGCGAUUCGGACAUCGCCCUCAAUUGGGCGGGCGGGCUGCAUCACGCCAAGAAGUCGGAGGCUUCUGGGUUUUGCUAUGUCAACGAUAUUGUGCUCGGAAUUCUUGAGCUCCUCAAGGUUCACAGGCGAGUUCUUUACGUGGAUAUCGAUGUUCAUCAUGGGGAUGGGGUGGAGGAGGCAUUUUAUACAACGGAUAGAGUCAUGACCGUGUCCUUCCAUAAGUUUGGGGACUUCUUCCCUGGAAGCGGGCACAUUAAGGACACCGGGGCAGGGCUUGGGAAGAACUACGCCCUCAAUGUGCCACUAAAUGAUGGCGUAGAUGAUGAAAGUUUUCGUGGCAUGUUUCGCCCCAUUAUCCAAAAGGUUAUGGAAGUAUAUCAACCAGAUGCCGUUGUUCUUCAGUGUGGGGCUGAUUCACUCUCUGGUGACCGAUUGGGAUGUUUCAAUUUGUCUGUGAAAGGUCAUGCAGAUUGCCUCCGUUUUCUAAGAUCUUUUAACGUUCCUUUAAUGGUCUUGGGUGGGGGAGGUUAUACAAUGAGAAAUGUCGCUCGUUGUUGGUGUUACGAGACUGCUGUUGCAGUGGGAGUGGAACCUGAAAAUGACUUGCCUUACAAUGAGUAUUAUGAGUACUUUGGCCCCGAUUAUACUCUUCAUGUCGAGCCAUGUAACACGGAGAAUCUUAAUGCACCGAAAGAUUUGGAGAGAAUCAGGAAUAUGUUACUAGAGCAGCUAUCAAGAAUCCCCCAUGCACCAAGUGUUCCUUUUCAGAUGACGCCACCCAUUACACAAGAGCCAGAAGAGGCUGAGGAAGAUAUGAAUGAAAGGCCAAAGCAGCGCAUUUGGAAUGGUGAGGAUUAUGAAUCAGAUGCUGAACAAGACAAGAGUCGACAUAGAUCAUCGACUGCUGAUGCUUUGCACGAUGAAAAUGUUGAAAUGAGGGACAGUGUUGGCGAAAACAAUGGGGGCGAAAUAAGGGAAGACCGUCCACCAUCUUGACAAGAACAUGCUCUAAUUCUUGUCUACUCUCUGGUCUUUCUGACAUGCAAUGCAUGAAAUUCUUUCUAGGCUAAGAGAUAACCUUAUCAAGACAAUAUAGUCUCUCCAACGGUUGGGCACACUGGUUGAUUGGUGAGCCGAUAGAUGAGGCAGGCUUUGUUUAUCCGACGUCGCACUGUAUGUUGGAAUAGGAAAACCGAAUUGCCCUGAGUGUAAAUGAGAUGUUUUUUCCUUGUGUCUCCAGCUGAUGUUGUUUGUUUCAUUGGCUUAUGUGAGAUUGAUUCUACUUAGUUACCCA